UAGGCUUUGAGUGACAGCACUUCAUCUGACAACGACGAAGUAGAGGUCCUCGGCAUUUACCACAGAAGCAAGCCAACCAUUUCCAGCUAACCCGCCUUUCCUGUUGCUUAGCAGAAGGGGCCAGUUCCGUUGCAAGGUCGGCCACCUGCAAGCUUACCGCCGGGUUUCCCUCUCCACGGCUGCCAGCAGACCCGCCGAGCAGCUCCAGCAGCUGCUGGCGCUUUGAUCGCCGGCCGUGGUGUGGAGGACGGUCCAGCGGUGGGAGAGCUGUCUGAGGUGCUGCUGAUCGGCUGGGGCGGCGGUGCGGCAGGGGAGCGGCCCCUUUAAGAGGCGGGGGUCCCUCUCUCUCCCCCCUCCCUCCGCACUCGGCUGGGGCGGGGACCUGCGGCCCGAGUCGCGUGAGGCGGCGGCGGCGGAGGCUGCGGACCGGCACCGGGGACCGGGAGGUGGGGACCGAGCCGGGCCGGGCCGGAGUGGGCCGGCGGCAGCGGGCGAUGGAAAUCUUCAAAAAAUUUGCAAAUCGUGGAUGGCCGGAUCUAUAAAAUACACUGGGACGUUCCAGAAAUGCCAAAUGAUUUGGGAUGAAGAUGCGGCGUCACCGUGUGGUUCUGAUGUUAUGUAUGGCAGGACUCUGUCUGAUAUCCUUCCUGCACUUCCUCAAGGCCCUGUCGUACAUCACGUUCUCCCGUGAGAUCUCUGCGUUCAGCCCUUCCCUCAGGUCGAUCUUCGUCGACUCUCACAUCUUUUGGAAGCAGAAUGAGGAGGAGGAUGCGAGUGCCGGCCUGGGUCUGCCAACAGCACCCAAUGCUCAUCAAGGAGGCUGGCCACAUCUACACCGAGCCCAGUUCCAGCUGAAAGACGAUGAGACAGAGUACUUCAUACGGACCAAGGCAGGGGCAAUUUGCUUUAAACAGGGAACUAAAACAGAGAACAAGAUGGUGGGGUCGAUGGAGGGAGCAGGAGCCUUGGGCCGCAAUUCUAUGGACAAGCCACUGACUCACAAGGCAGUGGGCUUGGGGGUCAGUGGGAGGCCAAGGCGUAGGUGGGUUGGAUGCCCUUGCCUCCCAGGUUGGCACGGGCCCUACUGCGGAGUCCCCACCAUGGUCCAGUAUUCCAACCUGCCGACUAAAGAGCGGCUGAGUCCGCGGGUGGUGCCUCACAGGGUCAUCAACGCUAUCAACAUCAACCACGAGUUUGACUUGCUGGAAGUCCGGUUCCAUGAGCUGGGCAAUGUGGUCGAUGUUUUCAUCAUCUGUGAAUCCAACUUCACCGCUUUUGGGGACCCCAAGCCGCUGAAGUUCAUCGAGAUGCUCCUGAAUGGGACUUACAGCUACAUUGCUCACAAGAUCUUGUACGUGUUCCUGGACCAUUUCCCCAGCGGAGGGAGGCAGGAUGGCUGGAUCGCUGACGAUUACCUGCGGACCUUCCUCACCCAGAAUGGGAUGAGUCGGAUCGUCAAUCUCCGCGACGACGACAUCUUCCUCAUCGAUGAUGCCGAUGAGAUACCAGCUCGCGACGGAGUACUCUUCCUCAAACUCUUUGAUGGAUGGACUGAACCUUUCGCUUUCCACCUUCGCAAGUCGCUCUAUGGCUUUUUCUGGAAGCAGCCAGGGAGCCUGGAGGUGGUGUCAGGCUGCACUGUGGCCAUGCUCUUUAUGGUGUACAAUGGAGAUGGCAUUAAGUUGCGGCGGAGAGAGUACUACCUGAUGCCAAACUUUAGGCAAUAUGAGAACAGCACGGGGCACAUCCUGGUGCCUUGGUCAUUGGGGAGUCCACUUCACUUUGCUGGCUGGCACUGCUCCUGGUGCUUCAAGCCAGAGGGGAUCCGCUAUAAGCUGCUAUCAGCUCAGAAUGGAGAUUUUCCCCGCUGGGGCAACUACCAAGAGAAAAGGGAUCUGAACUACAUUCGGGAAUUGAUCCAGACAGGGGGCUGGUUUGAUGGUACUGAGCAGGAGUAUCCUCCUGCAGACCCUAAGGAACACAUGUACGCUCCCAAGUAUCUGCUACGGAACUUUGAGAAAUAUAAGUACAUGUUGGAGAACCCAUACCGAAAGGAGAGCUGGGGCCAGGGGCUGGGGGGAGCUGCUGUAAUGUACAAUCAGACUGGGAAGAUUACAUAGUGGCACUGGCAGCAAGUGCAACACUGGACGGUCAGGGUGACUGUGCAUUAUCUACUGUCUGGUAUCUUGCCACUACAUGGGACCUGUGGGCUUUGAAAACUUCUCUGUAUUGCUCCCAUUGAGGCCAUGCUGCACCCGCACUUUCUCAUUACAUUGACACCUUGACGUUCGCAGCCUGUUCAGUUUGGGCCAAGCUGCUUUCCUUUUCAAUUCUGCUUAAGGUUCCUUUCCAUGUUCUAAAGUCAUUCCUCAUUCAAAUGGUUCUGUGCUCGAGGUGCAGAGCGCACCACGUUGGCAGUCAGCGAGGCUGUCCUGGAGGUCAGAGACCACUCACGGAGUCUGCAGCGAUGCUGGGGAAGGUGAGGGCUGGGGGAGAUGUAGGAGGCAGUGACCCAGUACGUAUGUAGCAUCAGACUGAACUAAUCUGUGGGCCAGACACGUUUCUGACCAAAUGUGACUCAACUGAGUUUUUGUAAAAUUUACCCUUAGCCCAGUUGGGGGAGGGAAGGGGUGGGGGAGAGGGGGCAGUGAUGAGAGCAGAGGGUUUGGAGGGGGUGGGGAGGAUGGAGGAAGAGGGUCGGAGAUGGGGCUUGGGUCUGUAACACAAACCUGCUGCCUGGGUCAAGUACCAUGUACAUCCACACUUGGUGGUGCAUCUGCACACUCCAGAUUGAUCGGAGGGCAACAAGGGGCAGGUGUUGGGAAGGGUGGGGCGGUGAGAGAAGGAACGCUGAGAGUGGGAGAUGGAGGUGGGUGGAGAGAUUGGGGUAAGUGAGACCGAGUGGGUGGGGAGGAGUACAGGAUUGUUAACCCCACGUGUAGGGUGAUGCACAUCGCCCUGGAGCCUGGCCCGGGGAUGUGGCCGCUGGCGGAAGGUCCGAGGAAGCUUGGGGGCACCCGCAGCUCUCUUAACUCUGGAACAAAGUCACUUUCCAGGCAGAACCAGGAGCCGGGCGCCCCUUCCCCAGCAGGCCAGGCCAGGCCAGCCCCGCCCUCGUUGUGCUGCCCGCUCGGGAGCAAAUCCAGAGUGGUGGCCUGGGCUGUCACUUACCUUACCCACUCCUUCCAAUUGGACGGGCAGUCCGAAGGUCAAAGGCUGGCCUGUGCCAAGGUGUGGCUCUCUGCUGGGAGUGAAGGGGGGUGUG